AUGAAAAUCAGCGCUCGUCCCACAGCAGCCAUGCAAGCCAAAUACACACCUUUGCCCACCCCCGCCAACCCAGACCCUCAACCUGACUGUGGUACUAUCUAUGUUGAGUUCUGUGCCGAUUCCACCGGUGUCGGUACUAAGCAAGUUCGAGCAUUCAAUCACUUUGUUGAUGAGAACAACUUCCACACCGGAGUCUUCAUCACUCAGACGCCAAUCUCCCCAUCUGCCGUGCGCCUACUGAGUGGUAUUCCCGGUCGUAUCUGUGAGCAUUUCCAGGAGCAGGAUUUACUAGUCAACAUCACCCGUCACGAAUUGGUUCCCAAACAUGUCCUGCUGAGCCCAGAGGAGAAGAAGAAUUUGCUCCAACGGUAUCGACUGAAGGAGUCGCAACUGCCUCGUAUCCAGGUCUCUGAUCCUGUUGCGAGGUACUUGGGUUUGCGACGGGGACAGGUCGUCAAGAUUAUCCGAAAGAGUGAAACCGCCGGUCGCUAUGCCAGUUAUCGCUGGGUAAUUUAA